AGGAUCCGAGCCACAGUGAACAGCCAGGAGCAGAAGAGGCUGCUGAUGGACCUGGACAUCUCCAUGAGGACAGUGGAUUGUCCCUUCACUGUCACCUUCUACGGGGCACUCUUCAGAGAGGGAGAUGUGUGGAUUUGCAUGGAGCUGAUGGAUACCUCACUGGACAAAUUCUACAAACACGUCAUUGACAAAGGCCUGACGAUCCCCGAGGACAUCCUGGGGAAAAUCGCCGUCUCUAUUGUAAAAGCACUAGAACAUCUCCACAGCAAGCUCUCUGUGAUCCACCGAGAUGUAAAGCCCUCUAACGUGUUGAUCAAUACGCAGGGGCAGGUGAAAAUGUGCGACUUUGGCAUCAGCGGGUACCUGGUUGACUCUGUGGCUAAAACCAUGGAUGCAGGAUGCAAACCCUACAUGGCUCCGGAGAGAAUCAACCCAGAGCUGAACCAGAAGGGAUACAGCGUCAAAUCUGACAUCUGGAGCCUGGGCAUCACCAUGCAACAUCCUUUCUUCACCCUGCACGAAUCCAAAGAGACAGACGUCGCCUCUUUUGUCAAGCUCAUCCUGGGAGACUGAGAACUGGACUUGGGGAAGAAUUGCCCUUCUGUGGACUGGUGGGUGCAGGGGAGGGCCACGUGGCAGGACUUGUCAUGGAAGCACCAACAGAAAGUGGGUUUGUUUUGCUUUGGUUUGGUUUUAUUCUGAGAAACCCCCGCCCUGCCUGAGUUUUUUGAAAGGGUUCUUUGGUAUCCAUAGUGACAUAGAACGAGCUGGUUAGUGGGAAUGAAUUUUAAUGAGGUUGGUAACCUUAAAACAAAAAACAAAACAAAACAACAACAACAAAAAUUUUUUUUUGAAUGAGUGAUUUACAUAUUUAAUGAGGUUCCUCUUCCUAACUUGCUCCUCAUCCCCCUUCCCUUCCCCCUGAACCAGAAUUUGCUUUGUCAUGGUAAUAGGUGCUAUGGUAGUCAUGAAGUUGUAUGUAGAUUUAUAUUUUGUCCCUUCCAUUAUUUUAAUAUUUAUGUUAAGUGCUUGAUGGAAUAGAUUUCUGUUUUAUAUGAG